GACACCUCUGUUUGGGAUGUCAGCAAUACCACCUACGAAUCCUGCAUGAGGGUGCUCGACUGCGAUUUUCUGGAUAACAGCCAGGAGUCACUGAACUGCUAUGCGAACAAUGGUCCGAUUGAAUCAAAGGUGUUGGACAGUGUGGCCUUCAAUGCCUCGAAAUUGUAUAGUUCCCUGGGUCAAGAAGUCGAACAGCUCCAAUUUACCCGUGAGCUUUGCUUCAACAUUUCGAGACGGAAUUACGAGCCCCGUUCUGGAAACACAUAUCAAGACCUUCAAAGCUGCCUAAUGGGUCUGUCGCCUGUGCCAGAGAUCACCACCACCACCACCACGACUACCGAACCCACCACCACGACCACCGAGCCCACCACCACGACCACCGAGCCCACCACCACUACCACCGUCCUGAUAUCUUCCAGCACAGAUGAGGUAACAACCACAACAACGAUCUCCCCCUCGACAAUUGCGCACUUUGGAUCCGAUGAAGGCAACAGUGCUCAUAGCGCGCACCAGAGGAAGGGUCUGAAAAGUAUCUUCAGACACAUUUUCUAAGAAUAUGAGAAUAUUCACGUAAAUUGUACAUCUCCAAAGAUUUAUUAAAAUGAACAUUGCAAACUGUA